CCAACGGCUAGUUUUCUACUUCUAAACGUUUCUGCUCCAGGGUAUCAUAGGUGGAGAAACCUAGAGAUCAAGUCCAACAACAAAAAAGACGGAUUCAAUUCGAUUAGGAAUUCUCAGAUCAAUUUUAUCAAUGGCCGAGGUAGCACGCGAGAAUCCGUGUUCCCCAACUCCACCGGCUCCGCCCCCUCCUACUCGGCGGCCAAGGGUGAGAGAAGUGAGUUCUAGGUUUAUGUCUCCCGUCUCGUCUUCUUCAUCUUCUUCUUCCUCCGCCGGUGAUCUUCAUCUGUUGGGCUCGAAGUCUCCUUUCCACAAACAGCAACAACAACAGCAGCAACUACACCGCUCAAUUUCUGUCCAGAGGCAAAGACGGAGUUUAGAAAUGGAAUCGGACGAGAACAGGCUCAAUGAAACGGCUCGGAGCUUGGAUUCCCCCUUCCAAUUAGCCACCCAGAAGAAAAAUCAGCAGCGUGCCGGCGGUAAGACUCUCAAGGAUAAUACCGCCGGCAGAGCCUUGAGACCUGAUACGCCUAUGCUCAACAGUGUCGAUCGAAUGCCAUUCUCAAGACUAAGAACCAACCACCGUGUCACUGCUACCCCCACCGCCGCUGCAAAAUUACUGCAAUCCAGUGGGAUGUCAGCGUCGUCUGCUGCAAUUCAAGACGGGAAUCAAAGAAAUAGUGGUAGUGAUCUCAGCGCGGAUAUGUUGCCAAUUGUUUCCAGUUCCAACUCGUUGAAAUUCUCGGCUUCUCCUUUCUCUCGUUCUCUCAAUUCUCCAUUUUCUACUUGUGAACCUUCGCUCUUUCAUCCCGUAAAACCUCUCAAGACUGAUCUGCCUCCAGUUCCCCCUCCUGCAAAGUUGACCACAGAUACAAGGAAGGCGAAGAAAAUUUCUUCCCAUCAAGAAGAUGUGCAUUCUCUAAAAUUGCUCUACAAUCAUUACCUGCUGUGGAGAUACGCCAAUGCAAAGGCGGAGACUGCUAUGUGCGCUCAAAAGCGUGAUGCCCAGAGAGCACUUUACUCGCUUGGACUGAAGAUGUCAGAUUUACAUGCUUCUGUUCAGAGGAAACGAAUUGAACUUAGAUCUUUACAGAGAACAAUCACUUUAUCAACAAUACUUAAAGCUCAAAUGUGGUCUCUGGAAGACUGGUCCACGCUUGAAGGGGAUUAUUCACAUUCUUUAUCAGAAACAAUUCAAGCUUUGUCGAAUGUCUCAACUCGGCUCCCAUUCAGUUCAAAUAUCAAGGUUGAUAUAGGAGAUGUAGGGGAGGCACUAAAUUCAGCAGUGAAGGUGAUGGAAACAAUUCUUUUACACAUUCAAAACUUUGUGCCAAAGGCUGAAGAGUUAGAAAAAUUGAUUUCGGAACUUGCAAGGGUGAUUGGGGGACAAAGAGUUGAGAUCCAAGAAUGUGGAGAUCUAUUAUCUCAGACGUAUGCUUUACAGGUGGAAGAAUGCAGCUUAAGGAGCCAGCUUAUUCAAUUUCAUCGGAGCUGUCCAGACAUUAAGCAAUAAUUAAUUGCUAUACUACAUUCUUGAUUGAUAUAAAAUUUCAUCUUCAAAAUAUUUCAUGUGCAAAAUAGUUCAUUUCUUUUUUUCUUUUUGUUUCAUUGGCCAUGAAAAUGAUUUGAUUUAUUUGGAUUAAGUUUGGAACAAGUGAUAUUUUUUUUUGUAAAAUUCAUUUAGUUGAUGAAAUCUAAAGUAAAUACCACAAAA